AGGGAUGCCAGAUGAUCAGUGCAGAAUGAAGGUCCCAGGAGAAAAGAUCACAUGGUUUUCUCUGCCCUGUGACGUCACCAGCAGAUGGCAUGGGUACCAGCUCUGGCAGUUGGCAUCAAUGUCACUUUUUAGAGAUCAAUGAGAUAGUGCAGAUAUACACAGAUCUAGACUCCAGGAGACGAUGCGACAGACAGAUUGAAAAAGAUUUGGAAGGCAAAAAUGAAAACUGGCUAUUGAAAGACUUUUUUUAAGGCCAAGGUCCCAUAAGAUUAUAACGCCAUGUUAACGCUACCAUUUGAUGAGUCUGUUGUAAUGCCAGAGUCCCAGAUGUGCAGAAAGUUUUCCAGAGAAAGUGAGGACCCGAAGCAAAUCAAGAAACCCGAAAGCUUUGCAAAGCAGAUUGCGCACCAAGGGAAAAGCAUCAAACGGUCGACAGCGGAAGAUACAGAGAAAGAGGAGGUGGAAGAUGACCGAGAGGAGGAAGACGAAAACGGUUUGCCCAGGAGGAGGGGCCUUCGGAAAAAAAAGACCACCAAGAUGAGAAUCGAGAGGGUCAAAUUCAGGCGACAGGAAGCCAACGCCAGAGAAAGGAACAGGAUGCACGGCCUCAACGAUGCUCUGGACAGCUUAAGGAAAGUGGUCCCUUGUUACUCCAAGACGCAAAAACUGUCAAAAAUAGAAACUUUGAGGCUGGCUAAAAAUUACAUCUGGGCUCUCUCCGAAAUCUUACGGAUUGGCAAGAGGCCUGACCUGCUGACGUUUGUCCAGAACUUGUGCAAAGGUCUCUCUCAGCCCACCACAAACUUGGUCGCAGGAUGCCUACAACUCAACGCCAGAAGUUUCUUGAUGGGUCAGAGCGGGGAGGUGGCCCACCACGGCCGAUCUCCCUACUCCACUUUACCCCCCUACCACAGCCCAGAGCUGAGCACACCCCCAGGUCACGGGACCCUCGACAAUUCCAAGACCAUGAAACCCUACAAUUAUUGCAGUGCUUACGAGUCCUUCUACGAGAGCACUUCUCCCGAAUGCUCCAGCCCCCAGUUCGAAGGUCCCUUAAGUCCUUCCCCAAUUAACUAUAAUGGGAUAUUUUCCCUCAAGCAAGAAGCAGCUUUGGACUAUGACAAAAACUACAAUUACGGCAUGCAUUAUUGUGCUGUGCCACCCAGGGGUCCCCUUGGGCAGAGUUCUGUGUUCAGGUUGCCUGCAGAGAGCCACUUCCCUUACGACCUACAUCUGCGCAGCCAGUCUCUCACCAUGCAAGACGAAUUAAAUGCAGUUUUUCAUAAUUAAUGAGGGAAAAGUGGAAACAAAUAAAUAAAUAAAUAAGCGGUCAUUUACCUCUCUUCUCUAAUUAUGAUAAAUCUGACGCUUUUGCCCCGUCUAAUCGGUGCACCUCUACUUUAAAAGAAAAAGGGAAAGCGUGUUUGCUAAGUUCUAAAGUGUGUCAACUAUUGUGGGGCAUUAAAAAAAAAUGAUCUCUGUGUAAACAAUAAUAAUUAAAAUAAUAAUAGAUAAAUAAAUGAUUUUACUUAUCAGUAUUUAAUUUAUCAGUAAGCACUGUGAGAUUCUGUUUUAGCUGGAAUUCUUAAGGUUUAAUUCCCCCCUUCCUAUCCUGUUUGUUCCAUUUUUGCUGAGCAGUGUGUCUAAAUAAAAUUGUGGAGCCAAGAAAACACACACUGUGUCUAAAAGUCUGCAACAGUGUUUUAAUUGUACAGUAACUAUACCAAUGCAUGCUACUCAGAUCAGAUGAGUUUAAAAAAACUGAUGUAUUUAUAAUAAUUAGAAAUGGUAUAUUAUGUAACGGAGAAGAGGUGAUUUUUUAAAAAACAAAACUCUCCUGGCUUUUUUGUUUAAGGAAAAACUGUCGCAGGCAUCACGAGACAUAGUGGAGAUGGUGCAGCAAUAUUUUAAGCUAUGCAACAAAAAAGAAAGUGCAUCUAAAUAAAAAACGAGUGGUAAUCAUUGAUAAUUAUUCAGCUUAAAAUUUGAAACAUUUGCUGGCAGGGGCUACCUAUUAUUUUUGGAAGUUUUUGGUCACCGUUUUGCAUCCAUCAUUUUACUAUAAAUCCCAUAUGGUAUCUGCACUCCUUUUGUAUUAUUCUGCCUUCACAUGUAAAGUUUGUUAGAAUGUACAACUGUGUUUUUCAUUACUUCUUUUAAAUGCAAUU